AUGGCCAUCACUAACAUCACUGUUAUAAGCCACACGUUUUUCUACCUUCUGGGUGUUCCUGGCCUGGAGGAUCAACACAUCUGGAUCUCAAUCCCAUUUUUUACCUGCUAUAUUAUUGCCCUCCUUGGUAAUAGUUUCCUCAUCUUUAUUAUUGUCACUGAUAGUAGCCUUCAUGAACUCAUGUAUAUCUUCUUAUGCAUGUUGGCUGGAAUUGACAUUUCACUUUCCACCAUUAGAAUUCCUAAAGCCCUGGCCAUUUUCUGGUUUAAUUAUGGAGGGAUAUCAUUAAAUGCCUGUAUCGCUCAGUUGUUCUUCAUCCACUCCACUUUCAUUGCUGAAUCAGGAAUUCUUCUGCUAAUGGCAUUUGACCGCUAUAUUGCCAUCUGUUACCCACUGAGAUAUACAAUGAUCCUUAUCCCUUCAGUGAUUACAAAAACUGCUGUGGCUUUCUACAUAAGAAGUGCUGGUUCCAUAUUUCCUAUAAUAUUCCUUGUCAAGAGGCUCCCUUUUUGCAAAAAUAACCUUCUUCCACACACAUAUUGUGACAACAUUGGUUUGGCCAAGUAUGCUUGUGCCAACAUUCAGGCGAAUAUCUGGUAUGGCAUAUUUGUCCUUUUAACAACUGUGGUAAUAGACAUUAUCCUAAUUUUUGCAUCCUACUGUAUGAUUCUCCAUGCCAUCUUUCAUAUCCCCUCGAAGGAAGCUCGUCACAAGACUCUCAAUACCUGUGGUUCCCAUAUCUGUGUCAUCUUCCUUUUCUAUACUCCAGGAAUUUUCACCUUUCUGGCCCAAAGGUUUGUCAAAAAGAUCCCACCUCAUGUCCAUAUUCUAAUGGCUAAUAUCUGCAUGCUGGUUCCUCCUGUAAUGAACCCCAUUAUAUGUGGUAUCAAGACCAAACAGAUCAGGAACAGGUAG